GGGCAAUGAUCCCGCGUUCGGCCAAUCAGCGUGCAGAUUUCGGGAGCGCUGGGGUCUGCUGCUCCGGAGCAACGCGAGCAGGAUACCAGCGGCGAUGAACUCCCUUGAACAGGCUGAAGAUCUGAAGGCGUUUGAGAGGAGACUGACAGAGUACGUGUCCUGCCUGCAGCCUGCGACAGGGCGGUGGAGGAGUGAGUACCUUCACAGCCCUGACAUGUUCUCUGAAGCGGUCUCCGAGUCUCCUUCCUGUUUCUCCAAGAACUCCUUCGAGUUCUUUAAACUCAAUCUGUUUUUAUCCUUUUCAUGUGUUUUGCAGGUGUCAUUCUUCACAUCUCUGUGGAAUCACCCAUUCUUCACAAUUAGCUGUAUAACAUUGAUAGGCUUGUUCUUCGCAGGAAUACAUAAGAGAGUAGUGGCCCCAUCGAUAAUCGCCGCCCGCUGCCGGACAGUUUUAGCAGAAUACAACAUGUCCUGCGAUGAUACAGGAAAGCUUAUCCUGAAACCAAGACCACAUGUCCAGUAGCACCUUUCCCGAGAUGAGAGUUCUGACCAGAGACCACCAGGAGAAAUCGAAAUAGCUUUUUUAGGAGCAGUAUCUGUUGAGUGAUAUACAGACAAUGAACCCUUGGAGGCCAUCAUCUAAAAGAGAGGAAGAGAAGAGAAUAACAAAUAGGUGAUUUGUAAAUUACGUUUCUAUGAAAUGCCAAACAUCAUGUGGAAAGGUACUUUUCUGUGUUGUAAAUUUCAGUGUUGCUGUGUCACUUUAAAAGCCCUUGCUUGUGUGUGAACCAGCUUAUUGGAAUGUGACCAGGAACCUCCAGCCUUGGUCUCUUUUACUGUAUUUAUCUUGUGUAUUUGCUGUAAAUAGUGUGGCACAUCUCUACCACACCAGAGUGCAUGGGUGUGCAUGUGACUUUUAUCUUUUAAUCCAUCUUAAAGGGAAAUAUCAUGGUUUUUCUCCUAGAUCCCAGCAACGGGAUUAUUUUCUCUCUGUUGCCAAAGCUGUUAACUGUUGGGUCUUGUCUCUGGGGCUCUAACACUACGCAGUCCUGUGUCAUUUACCUUGACAUGGUUUGUAAAACUUCAACCGAUGCGAAGUCCUUGAGCCUUUUUAAACAAUUUUUAUAUUAAAUGCAGGAAGGUUUGAAUGUUUGAUGUCUGCAUUGCCCACCUGUAUUUGUGCUUUUGAUUGAUUAAAUUUGUCAAGUGUUUUUUUCUUUUGGCUGUACUGUGAAGGCUAAAAUUCUGUCUCUAAGAGUCAUGAGCUCAGGACGUUGCAGCUCUGAUAGUGAUGAUUCACUAAGUGUUCUUGUGUGAACUAAGCCAUCUUGUAUCAGUUAGGUUUUAAGGUCAGGAAUGCCAGAGAGUCCACUGCAGAACUGGAAAUAAAAAAUCUGGAUCUGUAUAAAGAAUUGCUAUAUUCCAGUUUCUCCAUAUUACAAUGUUUAAAUCAUGAAUUGCUUAAAAUAUUGAUCUGGAACUCUGGGCUGUCUUCUGGUACUUUUGAAUGCUGGUACUGUAUGUCUGGAAGACUUGUAUACCAUUUUAUUUUUUGUUGAUUGGAAAUUAAUUAAAAUAAUCCAUCUGAAAUUGACCUUUUUUUCCUAGGUUGAACAUUGACAUUUUUUCAUUUCCAUGGUAGAAGUGUCUUUGGAGAUGAACAUGCUGCAUUGCUAGAUUCAGAAAUCGCAACCCUGUUUUACUCAGUUAAUAAAUAGGACUGGAUGCUGAAACAUUCUCUCUCCAUGAGGAUGCCAAAAAUCUGAAGUAUUGUUGUUUCUUUGAAAAGUUAUUUAAAUGACAUUGGUCAAAAGCCAUCUGUUGAAUCUUUUGUGGUCUUGCAUUGCAUUGUAUUAUUUCAGACUGUCAUAGCUUAGAAGCAUCAUAGUAGAAUUUUAUCAUCACUUUAUAAGAAGAAUUCUCUGAAUGUUUUUUUUUAUAUUUUUGCUUUAAUUAUUUCUCUGGCAAAAAAAAAGUCUUACGGGCACAUGACUAACCUUUUGAUUUCCAACAGUGCAAUUGUAGCAGAUGUUUAUUGUAACUGAUUUAAUUUUGUUCCCCAUAUCUUUCAAUAAAUAUCAAUUUUAGUGU